AUGCGUUUCACCACCACCUUCGCUCUCCUUGCCGCCCUCGCUUCGGCCACCCAGGCCACUGCUGCCGAGGGCCGCUACGCCCGCCGCUUCGGCCGCAUCGUCGCCCGCGACAACGCGACCGAGAGCGCCGAGCCCUCUGCCGUGUCCGCGGCUUCUUCUGCCUUCAACUCGGCCGAGCCUACUUCGUCUGACGCCCCCUACUCGGGUGAGCCCACCUCGACCGAGAGCGCCGUCUCUUCGUCGGCCACUUCCACCGAGGCCGCUUCCUCGGAGGCUUCUGCUACCUCUUCCGAGGAGCAGUCUAGCUCGCAGUCGGCUGAGGGACCUGUUGUCACUGGUGACGACUGGAUCUCUGCCGACGCGUCGGACAACUCGACUGUUGCCGAGAACGCUACCCUCCCCGCUCAGAACGCGACCGUUCCCACCGAGAACACGACUGUCAUUGACAACUCGACUGCUCCUAUUGAGAAUGCGACCGUUUCCGACAACUCGACCGCCCCUGCCGAGAACGCGACUGUCUCGGACAACUCGACCGUCGCUGACAACUCCAUCAACGCUACUAUCCCCGAGGGUGGAGCUGCCGGUAACGCGACCUCCUCUCCGGUCCCCACUCCCUCCGCCUCUAGUGCCCCCGAGGAGGAGGAGGAGUGUGACGAGGAGGAGGAGGAGGAGGAGGCCCAGCAGUCGCAGGCUCCCGCUUCCUCGACUGUCCCCUCGUCUGCCGAGCCUGCCGCCACCUCUUCGUCUGCCUCGACCCCUGCUUCUUCCUCCGAACCCCAGCACGAUGACGAGGAUGAUGAGUACGCCGACUACCCCUGGUGCGACGAGAUCGACGACGACGAGCCCGCUGCUUCGCAGCCCUCUUCGACUGGCUCGGUUGACACUGGUGCCAAGGACAACCACAGCGCCAACGUCUACCAGGAGGACAACCAGAACCAGGGCGGCUCUGGCGGCUCCAGCGGCAGCGACAACCAGGCUGGCCAGAACUCUGCCACGCCUUCUGAUGACAGCAACGCUGCUGCCCCCACUUCUGCCCCUACCGACGCCCCCGCCUCUCCCGCUAGCCCCGACGCCGAGCCCACUUGCGACGGUGAGGUUGUCACCGUUACCGUCACCGUGACUGCUGGCGCUGCCCCCACUGCCGACUCCGGUUCCGGCAACCAGGGUGGUGUGGUCGACCAGGCCACUCAGUCUGCCCCUGCUCCUGCGGCCACCUCGUCUGCUGCUGCUGCUCAGCCUCCUGCGGCUGAGGAUGACGACGAGUACGAGGACUGUGAUGAGGAGGACGACGAGGAGUGGGAGCAGGACGAUGAGGAGGACGAGGAUUGCGAGGAGGAGGACGAGACCGCCCCCGCUCCUUCUGCUGCUCAGUCCACUGUCGCCCAGUCUGCCCAGGCUUCGUCCACUCCUUCGUCCGCUGUGAACUCUGCCGAGCCCUCCGCGACCGAGAGCGCUUCUGCCGUAGAGUCUGGUGAGCCUUCCGCCUCUGCCAGUGCCACCGAGGCCUCUUCUUCUGCUGCCGAGUCUGGUGAGCCUUCGUCUGCCGCCAACUCAGCCGAGCCCACCUCCGCCGAGAGCUCUUCUGCUAUCGAAUCUGCUGAGGCUUCGUCCACCGCCAACUCUGCCGAGCCUACCUCUGCUGAGAGCUCGUCGGCCGCUGAGUCUGCUGAGGCUUCGUCUACUUCGGCCACUGACUCGUCCGAGCCUUCUGCUACCCCUACCGGCUCCGAGGAGGCUGCCCCCACUUCUGCUGAGGAGCAGAAGCCUGAGGGUGAGGCUACCUCCGCUGCCGAGGAGAGCGCCGAGGCUACCCCUAGCGCCGAGGAGGAGAUUGUCGCCACCGCCCCCGCUCGUCGCCGCGCCAUUUUCUGGCGUGGAUAA